CGCGCCUGCGCAGCUGCUCGCCCGGUUUCCGGGCGGUGCAGGCGUGAUGGGUCUGAGGGCCAGUGUCGUUGAAUAGCGGCGGUGUAGAGGCGUGCGGGCCCAGCGGUCCGGCCCGAGGGCUCAGGACCGGGGUCUUUGGGAGCGCCCGGGGGGCGCAGAGAGAACGUAGGAUCGCUGCCCGCCGCCACCACCAGGCAUGUCGGCCGAGGCCUCGGGCCCGGCGGCGGCCGAGGCCCCGUCCCUGGAAGUCCCUAAGCCCUCAGGUUUCGAGCCUGGCUCCGCCGCCUACGGUCUCAAGCCACUGACCACGAACAGCAAGUACGUGAAGCUGAACGUGGGCGGCUCGCUGCACUACACGACGCUGCGCACCCUCACGGGACAGGACACCAUGCUCAAGGCCAUGUUCAGCGGCCGCGCGGAGGUGCUCACUGACGCCGGAGGUUGGGUGCUGAUUGACCGGAGCGGCCGCCACUUUGGUACAAUCCUCAACUACCUGCGGGACGGGUCCGUGCCACUGCCUGAGAGUACCAGAGAACUGGGGGAGCUUCUGGGCGAAGCACGCUACUACCUGGUACAGGGACUGAUUGAGGACUGCCAGCUGGCACUGCAGCAAAAAAGGGAGAACCUGUCCCCGCUGUGCCUCAUCCCCACGGUGACAUCUCCCCGGGAGGAGCAGCAGCUCCUGGCCAGCACCUCCAAGCCCGUGGUGAAGCUCCUGCACAACCGCAGUAACAACAAGUACUCCUACACCAGCACUUCAGACGACAACCUACUUAAGAACAUCGAGCUGUUUGACAAACUGGCCCUGCGCUUCCAUGGGCGGCUGCUAUUCCUCAAGGAUGUUCUGGGGGAUGAGAUCUGCUGCUGGUCUUUCUACGGGCAGGGCCGCAAAAUCGCCGAGGUGUGCUGCACCUCCAUUGUCUAUGCCACGGAGAAGAAGCAGACCAAGGUGGAAUUCCCAGAGGCCCGGAUCUUUGAGGAGACCCUGAACAUCCUGAUCUACGAGACUCCCCGAGGCCCAGACCCAGCCCUCCUGGAGGCCACAGGGGGUGCAGCUGGAGGUGGCGGGGCAGGCCGAGGGGAGGACGAGGAGAACCGAGAGCACCGUGUCCGCAGAAUCCAUGUCCGGCGCCACAUCACCCAUGACGAGCGUCCUCACGGCCAACAGAUUGUCUUCAAGGACUGAGCUUUGCCCUGAGUCUUCCUCUGGCUGCUGGGACCCAGUCCCUUUCUCUCUUCCUCCCCUUCCCAGACCUUUGCCGCGGCUUUGCUGGCCAAGUCGUGGGUCUUUCUUCCAUCCCUUCAUUGCAUGGUACAGUUCACUUUGGCCCUUUUCCAUCCAUUCCCAUCUCAUUGCUAACCACACGGUACAUUCCAGCCCCUCCCCUCAGUGGCCUUCAGAAGGCCUGCAUUGGUUCCCUCCUCCCCAUCCUUGUCCUGCCCUCUUCCCUCACCAGCUGGCUUAGAAGGGUUUAGAAUUCCCUUUGUCUUUUUUUAGUACAUUGUACACACCAAAGUGUCAAGCCAGCCCUUAAUAACCCACCACAUUCUGAGCCGCCUCCUCACCAUUGUGCAGGGCAGUUUGCCUCCCUCCUGCUUCCCCACCUUCCUCCCUACCUCCUUAACUUUGUACUAGGCAGGCCUGGGCCUGCACCAGCUCAGCAUCUUCUCAAUUUUUUUCAUAUUAUUUAUUAUUUUAAUUUUCUAUUAAAUUAUUGGAAUAAA